AUGUCUCUCCCUGAUCCUCUGAACCCCGCUGGCCAAGCAAUUGUGUACCAUGGCGAGGUCUUUUGCCGGGUACCGAGCUGUACGCAUAAGCAUAUCGCCAUCUCAGCCACCAACAAUCUCCGUCAACAUCUCAUUAAACAUGGCUUACAACUCGCGACGAAUGUCGCAGGCCGAUUAACACAGGCUAAGAAAGAUGCUGCUAUAAAGUGGUACAACUCCCUGUUUAAGGCCGAAGAGAAUGAUGGUCACGAGGACAGCGAUGAAAAUGGCGAUGAAAACGGCGACGUGGAUCGUGUUGUGAAGGACGACGAUGAGGAAUAUGCUGAGGACGAUGACGAUGACUAUGAUGAGGACGAUGAUUGA